UGGGGCCCCGCGGGGCCUCGGGAUAAGCGGGCGCGGCUGGGCGCGGGGCGGGGCCAGCGGGGCGCCGCGGCGGCGGGUACUUAAGCAACUCCCGCGCACGCCGGGGCCUGGCCAUGGCUCUGAGGCGCAUCCUCGCCGCGGCGUGGUCCCGCGCUCUCCGCCUCGCCCCGCUGUCCACGGCGGCGCCGAAGACCCGCGAGCAGCCCGCCGCAGGCCGGGGGGCCGUGCGCGGACGCGGGGCGGCCGAGGCCGGGCGGCCGCCGGUGCCCACCGUGGACUUCGACAACGCGCAGGAGGCGUACCGCAGCCGGCGCAGCUGGGAGCUGGCGCGCAGCCUGUUGGUGCUGCGCCUGUGCGCCUCGCCCGCGCUGCUGGCGCACCACGAGCAGCUGCUCCAUUUCACCAGGAGGCUCCUAGGACAACGGCUGUUCGACAAGCUGAUGAAGAUGACGUUUUACGGGCAGUUUGUGGCCGGCGAGGACCAGGAGUCCAUCCAGCCCCUCAUCCGGCAUAACAGGGCCUUUGGUGUGGGCUCCAUCCUGGACUACGGAGUGGAGGAGGACCUGAGCCAAGAGGAGGCGGAGCGCCAGGAGAUGGAGUCCUGCACUUCAGCGGCGGAGAAGAAGGACGGAGGCACCAGUAAGAGGGAGAAGCAGUACCAGGCCCACCAGGCCUUCGGGGACCGCAGGGACGGCGUCGUCAGCGCCCGCACCUACUUCUACGCCAACGAAGCCAAGUGUGACGGCCACAUGGAGACGUUCCUGCGCUGCAUUGAGGCUUCAGGUGGAGCCAGCGAGGACGGCUUCUCGGCCAUCAAGCUCACUGCGCUGGGGAGACCCCAGUUUCUGCUGCAGUUCUCAGAUGUGCUGACCAAGUGGAGACGGUUCUUUCACCAAAUGGCUGCGGAGCAAGGGAAGGCCGGGCUGGAUGCCAUGGACACCAAGCUGGAGGUGGCGGCGCUGCAGGAAAGCGUGGCGAAGAUGGGCAUCGCGUCCCGCAAGGAGAUCGAGGACUGGUUCAGAGCAGAGACCCUGGGCGUGUCCGGGAAUCGGGACCUGCGACUCUUCGGGGCACAGAACGACACUCCCACCGCGCCACGCCGGCCAGGCACCCUGGACCUGCUGGACUGGAACAGCCUCAUCGACAGCAGGACCAAGCUCUCCAAGCACCUGGUGGUCCCUAACAUGCAGACAGGACAGCUGGAGCCUCUGCUGUCGGGGUUCACCGAGGAGGAGGAGCAGCAGAUGAGGAGGAUGCUGCAGAGGAUGGAUGUCCUGGCCAAGAAAGCCACCGAGGUGGGGGUGCGGCUGAUGGUGGACGCUGAGCAGACGUACUUCCAGCCGGCCAUCAGCCGCCUGACGCUGGAAAUGCAGCGCAAGUUCAACGUGGAGAAGCCGCUCAUCCUCAACACGUACCAGUGCUACCUCAGGGACGCCUACGACAACGUCACCCUGGACGUGGAGCUGGCUCGCCGCGAGGGCUGGUGUUUCGGAGCCAAGCUGGUGCGGGGUGCGUACAUGGCUCAGGAACGGGCCCGCGCUGCCGAGAUCGGCUAUGAGGACCCCAUCAACCCCACGUACGAGGCCACCAACGCCAUGUACCACAGGUGCCUCGAUUAUGUCCUGGAGGAGCUGAAGAACAACGCCAAGGCGGAGGUGAUGGUGGCCUCCCACAACGAGGACACGGUGCGCUUCACGCUGCGCAGGAUGGAGGAGUUGGGCCUGCACCCUACCGACCGCCAGGUGUACUUUGGACAGCUGCUGGGCAUGUGCGACCAGAUCAGCUUCCCGCUGGGCCAGGCGGGCUUCGCUGUGUACAAGUACGUGCCCUACGGUCCUGUGAUGGAGGUGCUGCCCUACCUGUCCCGCCGCGCCCUGGAGAACAACAGUGUCAUGAAGGGCGCCCGACGGGAGCGGCAGCUGCUAUGGCAAGAGCUCAAGCGGAGGCUCUGCACAGGCAACCUCUUCUACCGCCCAGCCUAGCGCCCGGGGCCACCUGCCCCCAGACGUGGUUUCCCAGGGCCUCAGGCUGGGGUCUGGCUGGCCCCUAGGCCAGUGCUGCUACAGCCCAGCCGCACACGGACUCACCUCUCCACACCCAAGACUGUAAGAGCUGCUUCCCACCCAGCAUGUGGGCACCCAGGUACAGGCUGGCUGAUACCUGCCAGAGCCACUGAGGUCAGGAACUGCCCUUUGAGUGGGCCCCACCCCC